AUGGAGUUGUUAUUCGUCGAAGAACGGACUUCCGUUUUAGAAGGCAACAUCCGGUUUGCUGACUCAGCAAUUGAAAUCUAUCUAUCUAUCUAUCGCGGUUUGGUCAUGACUAUCUAUCUAUCUAUCUAUCUAUCUAUCUAUCUAUCUAUCUAUCUAUCUAUCUAUCGCAGAUUCUUCAAAUUUUGGUCAUAUCUAUCUAUCUAUCUAUCUAUCUAUCUAUCUAUCUAUCUAUCUAUCGCAGUUUGGUCAUAUCUAUCUAUCGCAGAUUCUUCAUAUCUAUCUAUCUAUCUAUCUAUCUAUCUAUCUCAAUUUGGUCAUAUCUAUCUAUCUAUCUAUCCAUCUAUCUAUGAUUCACAGUUUGUUCACAUCUAUCUAUCUAUCUAUCUAUCUAUCUAUCUAUCUAUCUAUCUAUCUCUCUAUCUAUCUCUAUAUAUAUAUAAGAAAAAACGUUAUCUCUACAUACUUGUCAUCUCGUAA